AACCGCCACAACGGACGCUUCGUAGUGUUUAUUAGGAGCGUUUUACUUUUUAACGCGCCGCUUGCCUCCGCUCUAGACGGGUGUUUAAUUGUGGGUGGAAUUCGAAUCGAAACUGGACGUUUACAAAUGCCAUAGCAACCGUGCAGUCACAUCUUUAAUGUACCGUUGCCGUUGGCUUUAUUUUCUAUGCACGAAUGUGGAGUUAGCAAAAGGCUGUGCUGCGCUGCGAUAGCUGGAUAUUGAACACCAUGAUGUGCGCCUGAAGAAGAGUUGCAAAGCAAUGAUGUCAUAGUUUUAAGUAGGAGCCAUGGGAGAGCAUAUGGUUCGUACCCGCUACCGAAAGGAAGUGUUGCUUUGUUAUGAGCAGGCGGCGCUGUAGCUGGCGGAAGAGGAGGUCGCCCAGCCCAGUGUCUCUUCGCCUGGAAUAGAGAACUGAAGCCGAGGAGAAGACGUGAAAACGGUGGGAAGACAAAGCUGCUACAAUGGCCGCGAAAUCUGACGGGGUGCUAAAGAUGAAAAAGAGCGAUGUAGCAUUUACGCCUUUGCAGAAUUCGGAUCACUCGGGUUCGGUUCAAGGGCUCGCUCCGGGAUCGCAGCCCGAUUCUGGAACCGGAGAGGCGGACUUCGUGAACGGCGAGUCGCGCUGCUGUGGUGGCUCAAAUUCGACAUGUCUCCCCCUCAGCAGGGAGCAGCAGAAAUACACGGUCUGGGACUGCCUGUGGAUCCUCGCCGCAGUGACGGUGUAUUUCGCGGAUGUGGGCACUGAUGUUUGGCUUUCUGUCGACUAUUACCUCCGCCGCGACUACUGGUGGUUCGGGCUUACGCUGUUUUUUGUGGUGCUCGGCUCGUUCUCGGUGCAGGUCUUCAGUUUCCGAUGGUUCGUGCAUGAUUUCAGCACCGAGGAGAGUUCCGGCGGCGGCGCGGCGAGCUGCUCGCACAUGGACGGGAAGCUGCUCAGCAGCUCGGCUUCGCACGGAGACGUUGGAGCCCACCCGUCUACGCCUCAAAGACAGGCGUCCACGGCGAGCAAGAGCAACACCACAAGCAACAGCAUCAACAGCGCUACUGCAGCCCGGAAUAGUAAGACACGCUCAGCAUCCUGUUCCCUCUGUAUCUGGCUGUUGCAGUCCGUCAUUCACAUCUUACAGCUCGGACAAAUCUGGAGGUACUUCCACGCCAUCUACCUGGGCAUCAGGAGCAGACAGAGCGGAGAGAAUGACCGUUGGAGGUUUUACUGGAGGAUGGUGUACGAGUAUGCAGAUGUCAGCAUGCUCCACCUACUGGCCACGUUCUUGGAGAGCGCCCCUCAGCUGGUGCUCCAGCUGUGUAUCAUCAUACAGACUCACAAGCUCCAGGCUGUGCAAGGGAUGACAGCGGCUGCUUCUCUGGUGUCACUAGCCUGGGCUCUGGCCUCCUACCAGAAGGCCUUGCGUGAUUCCCGAGAUGACAAGAAGCCCGUCAGCUACCUUGCCGUCAUCAUUCAGUUCUGCUGGCACUUCUUUACCAUAGCCGCUCGCGUGGUGACCUUCGCUCUCUUCGCCUCUGUGUUUCAGCUCUACUUCGGCAUCUUCAUUGUGCUGCACUGGUGCAUUAUGACCUUCUGGAUCGUACACUGCGAGACCGAAUUCUGCAUCACCAAGUGGGAGGAGAUUGUCUUUGACAUGGUGGUGGGCAUCAUCUACAUCUUCAGCUGGUUUAAUGUGAAAGAGGGACGCACCCGCUUCCGCCUGUUCAUCUACUACUUCAUGAUCCUGUGUGAGAACACGGCCCUGAGCACGCUGUGGUACCUGUAUCGCUCACCACCCAGCACGGACGCCUUCGCUGUGCCCGCCCUGUGCGUCAUCUUCUCCAGCUUCUUCACCGGCAUCGUCUUCAUGCUCAUGUACUACACUUUCUUUCAUCCCAACGGGCCGCGUUUCGGCCGCUCGGCUAGCCUGGUCCAGCUGGAGGACCCCACUGCUACCUUUAUGCUGCCCCCUGAGGGUGCCACCAACUCCCUGCGCUCCAACCGCGGAGGCACACUGGCCAGGGACGCUGACCGCGAGGCCAAGUACAGCGAGCGGGACGGCUGCGUGCCUGUCUUUCAGGUGCGGCCCACCGCGCCCUCCACACCUUCCUCCCGAGCCCCGCGCCUUGAGGAGACGGUCAUCAAAAUAGACUUGUGCAGGAACCGCUAUCCUGCCUGGGAGAGGCAUGUGCUGGACAGGAGUAUACGUAAAGCCAUCCUGGCCAUCGACUCGUCUCCGACCCCGCCGCGCCUCCAGUAUAAAGACGACACGUUGGUUCAAGAGCGUCUGGAGUACGAGACCACCUUGUAGCCUGCGCUGUGGAAACACACAAACAUGAACACAUUACCGUCCACUUGAAUAAACAGCAGGACUGUGGCAAUAACGUUUCUAGCGUACAUAGCAUCUAGCCAUGAUGUUGAUUGUCAUGGACAAACCAAUAUAGGCACAACAUAUUUGUGGACGGAUGGAAUAAUCGAUCUUUUUAAAGGCCGUUCUCUCAUUGCAUUUUAUUUUUUAUUACUUCUGACUUGUCAGGGAAUAUCUGGGUUUCUAAAAUUCAUUGCACUGGCUGAUGUAGACCACUAACCCCUCUCUCCAUUCCAAGAGUUGAUAGUCCUCGGACCAAUGUCUAUAAACUGCGAGAGGACAUCCAGAACACUUCACACAGGUUGUCUCUUACGGUAACUGCAAAACAAAGGCCUUUCCCUUUGAAACCAAGCAUCCAGUGCAAUGAAACGGCCUGAAGAAACAGUGGUCCAAAUAUCAAAUUAAUGGUACACGCAUAAAAAAAUUGCUGAUCAGACUCGAGACGCCCUUGUUUAGGGUGCUGUAACCUAUAAGUAGUGUUUCAUCAGCAGCUCUGUACAGUACCAGUGCCAAACGCUUCACGACUUCACGCUGAACUGUGGCUUGACCACAAACUGUAUAUAUAAACAGGGCAGCAUUUCAACCAUCUACUUGAAUUCUAUACAAAGAAAAACGCUGAGAAAAGAAAGUAUGUGACCAUCACAAGAGUCCUAGCCACUUGGGAUGACAAAACAGGUAGAACACAUGCUCGUUUUCUUCUUUAGGAGAAGACAAUAAGCCAAGUGAACACUUCCUGGCAGCUCCCUUUGGCGAUCUGGCCUCAUUCGCCUCAACGCUGUCGGCUUACAAGGAUCCGUUUGGUUCACAGCAAAGUGGAGGGCACAGACCACCAAAUUCACAGUGUCUGCCAAACUGUAUUCAACAGAACCAGGGUGCACUUCAUCUUCUAGGUUAAAGAUACAGUGUUCUUCUAGGCCAACCUGGGUCAGGUUUUGGUGUGUCUAUGUUUUGUGUGCUGUAUCAAUACAGAAAAGCCAGUAAUAAACAAUAAACGGGGUCCUCAAUACCUCAAUUCAUCCGGAAAGCCGCCGAAGUGUGCUAUCCCAAACUCUGCAAGGCAAUCAAGACUUUCUCCAUGGGGCUCUUCAAUUGCCAACUCACGGUCUACUAAUCGAAGUGUCAGGGAAAGCUAGUCUGUGACAGAGCACAGACUAGCUAAUGUGCUCAGAAUGACACUCCGGGCCCAACCAUUCAACACAUCACAUCUGCCUAAAAGAGCACUGUAUCUUUAAAUCUGCCAAAAGCAUCCUUUUAUAUAUGAAAGUGUUGGAGUUUUAAACUUUCCGUUCAGUUGCAAGUGCUUCUCUGUGUCUUUAUGUCGAAUAUCCAAAGGCAUUUAUGGAGACGUGGAGGUGAGGGCAGAAAAGAAAAACAAGCACAAAACUUGUGACAGGAAGGAGUCUCAGCACAAUGAAGAAUUUAUUCGGUGGUUGUUACACUUACGUUGAGAGACAACUUGAAAUUUCACUACGACAGAAGCUAGAUGUGCCUGUUGUGGAUAGUUUGAGAUUUUGAAAAUGUUGGGGGAAAAAUGUUUUAUGUGUAACAUUUUAUAUACAUUUUCUUUUGUUUUUCUUUUGUUUUUUGGUGGAUUUCCAAGGUGCACAUUAUUUUGCUUAAUGCCAUUUAAGUGUGUUGAGAUGACUGAUAUAGGACAUUUAGAUUAGGUUUGCUUCAGUUGGUCAAAUAUGAACUGUAAUUUGGGUUUUAUUGUAACUUUGAAAAACACUUCUGAAGUGUUGUAACGUCCCACCAUCGGUGGCAAAUGAACUGAAAGCGUAGUUGUUUUAGCCCGCAGCGAUCUGCACGCUUGCAGAUGAAGAUCCUAAUUGUGUUGCAAAUUAAAAAAAAAGAAAGAAAAUAGAACAGGAAAAAAAAUUAGAUGAGAUCGAAUGAAUCUAUAACCAGUACCACAGUGAAACGUAGACCUGUAUAUUUUAGCUAUUUUGCAAUUUUCCUAACACAUCCUUUUUUCUUUUCUUUUUUUUUUUUCAAAUGUGUCUUAUACUUUUAUUUCUCUGUGUGAUGGAUAAUGAUGCUUGUCUCUUGGCAAAAAAAAUCUUAAUAGCCCUGUCCGCUGUAGUCAGAGCACACAAAAAACUUGUUAGCACACGUAUUUAGCAAUUUUCACAUUUAAAUUGCUCCACCACCUACACAAGAAAGAAAACGAGUGUUACAUUGCACACGUCUGUGAUAUUACGUAUCAAUGAUUUUUGAAAAUCAUUCCACUUUUUUUGUUUUCCCAUAAUACCAUGAUAUUUUUUGUUUCAGUGAUAGCUACCAUGCUGCAUAGCUACUGUGUUUUGGUUCAUUUGAUUAAGAGGAGCUUACUAACGGCAACACUGGCUUAAUGUUUGGUGAAAUUCAUCUUUAUCCAGCCAUUUUACAGGUGUGAGGCCUCGAUAAUUUUUUAAUGUUGAAAUAUUACAUGAAUUUAAAAUACUCAAUGCAAUGCAAUACGUUCAGCAUAAGGGGAAUGAAUCAAGGUCUUUACCUAAAAGGCUGUGUUGGGAUUGAAGUUUGGAGAAGCUGAAUUCACCAUUAUUAGCAAUGCUAAUGCUACCAAAGUCCUGAUGAAACGGAAGUAGCUGCUGAUUUUUCUUCUGUAUUAUUUGUGACACAAAUGUAAUGGAUUAGUAAAAAAGAAAAAAAAUUAGGACUUGGUCCUAUUGGUUGUUGACUGGAUUUUGCACUCAAAAUGGAAGCAGACGAACACAAGUCUAGCAGAGAAGUCUUUUGUAUCUACUAUCCAGUUAUGAAAUUUUGAUUAAAACUUAUAGUCGAAAUAAAAGUAAUAAAAAAGAAACCUAUAAAUGGAUUAAAUGCGUCACGUGACCAAACCGGAAAACAGGUCUUAUUGCAUCCGCUUGUCAGAGAAAGUGUUAACGGCCGUAAGAGAACUGACUACGAUAUCUGGAUUUUUAAGGUAAUCAGCUAACCUACUUAACGUUAGUUCACUUUAUAAUUGGUGUUUUAUUCCAUUUAAAUAUAUAAACGUUACUGUGAAGAAGGAAAAAAUAUAAAACGUUUAAAUAUCAAUCUGCACAUGUGAGGGACAUUGGUUAUGCUAAUCUUUGCUGGCAAGGAGUGUGAAUUUGGCCGAACAUCAAGAAGCUAUUCAUGCAGAUUACGCACACAUUUUAAAGAGGUUCAUACAUCCUAGUUUAACAUAGACUCCAUGUUGUACAUGACACAAGCUAAUCAUAAUGUUAUAGAAACUAUGUAUUUUUAUUUUGCACUUCCAGCUUUACGUUUUAUAUUUGUGUUUUAAAUUAUAAGUAAAUAUGAUUUCAUAGCUCACCAUUUCUUCACUCUGGAAACUUUAAUUCAUACCUGUAACCUACCUCAAAGCGGUAUUUUAAACAGACCACUCUCCAGCUCUGGUGGUUGAUAUGAUGGAAUUUAUUGCAAUGGAGUCCCAGUGUAUGAAGGAGUUGAAGGCUGUUCUGUUUAUUACCAGUACAUCAGUAGAGCUCCAGGACUUAUUUUACAAUUAUUCACAGCAGGAGAACAUUGAAUUCAUGCAAGCUGGUUCAGUUUUAUUUGCCUUAACCGACGCUCGCCUUUUUGUGGAUUCAUUACUCGUGACAUUUUCUGUCUGUUUCUUUUGGUUUAGUUUUAGUCAUGCAUACGAUGCUCCGGUUACUGUCGUGCUAGUAUAAUGACGUUGCAUUAUCGAUUAGUGUUCUUACUGUGCUUAUACUGCAAGCAAGGAGACACAAAAAGAAAGCAGACUGAGGCUUGAAAUAGCAUAUGCAGACAAACAAUCAAAACGUCGACCCAAAUUGUCACGGGUCACAGGCCGUACUGUUACACGAUUGUGAGCAUUUUUAAUUGUAAUAUCAGUUAGCGAAAACUGAAUGACUCGAAGAGCUGAAAUGAAGUGGCACUUGCAUUUUUUGAUUCAUUGAAGAAGCUUUCUUUUGUUGAAUAAACAAAUUGAUGAUCCUCCCUCACCUGUAGACAUAGAUGAUAGAUAAACUAGAAUACCAUAGAUGGAGGAAAAAAAUACAUUUAGAUAAAUGAUAAUCAGUGGUUAUUUAUAAAGCACGAUAUUAGUACAAGCACAGUAAUUGAAUGAACUCGGUGGUGUUCGGUUCAGCGUUCCUAUAUGAUGUACAGACUUUACUGGUAUCUCAGUUACAACGGAAGUUCCAUAGUGACUUGCAAAAGGCUAUUUAACUGUAAAUAAAUGUAUGCAAAUGUACAUGUGUAAAAGAACAUUCCUUUCUGAGUCCUGAUCGUAAAGGGUGUCUAUUGACUAGAGAUCGGCAGUUAUAUGACGUAAUACAGAUCAAAUAGUGUGGUGUAUGUGAUGUAUUAAAUGACAUAAAAAAGAGCAAAAAAAACAAACAAAAAAACGGCUUAUUAUUGGUCUCUUAAGUUGUAUCAUGUGAUGAAAGUCUGAAGUGCGUAAAAUGCAUCAAAUCUGUUAUCUGAUUUUAUUGUAAAUUGAAGAGUAAAACAAAAAACAAAACAAAAAGAACGUUACAUUUUUUGUACAUAUUGGAUUUUUGUAAAAUUUUUAUUUGAUUCUAAUGCAACACAAAGUACCAAAUUCAUUUAAUAAAGUACACUGUGGUCAUUUUAUUAGA